UUCAAUCUUUACCGCAUCGUUAGGACGCUCAAGCAAAAUGGCGGAGGUUAACGAAGUGCCGGCAGACAUCGGCGAAAACGAUACAUUAGUCAACGAGAUCAAUCCCUCAAAAAUGGAGACCAUGGAAGUGGGUGAAUCCGCAGCUCCACCGAAGGAGGUUCCCCAGGCAGCCCUGACGAACAACAAAGUUCCAGUGGAUGAGAUGACAUCUCGAGAUUAUUACUUCGACUCCUACGCCCACUACGCCAUCCACGAGGAGAUGCUGAAGGACGAGGUGCGCACGAUGACGUACCGUAACUCGAUGUACCACAACAAGCAUCUGUUCAAGGACAAGGUUGUUCUGGACAUCGGCUGUGGUACAGGAAUUCUGUCGAUGUUUGCGGCGAAGGCAGGUGCUGCUAGAGUAAUCGGCAUCGAGUGUUCAAACAUCGUAGAGUACGCUGAGAAAAUUGUCGAUGCCAAUCACAUGUCCCACGUAGUGACAAUUCUCAAGGGUAAAGUCGAGGAAGUGGUGCUGCCCCAUGGUAUCGAAAAAGUUGACAUCAUUAUUUCGGAGUGGAUGGGUUACUGCCUCUUCUACGAGUCCAUGCUGGACACUGUCCUCUUCGCCAGGGACAAGUGGCUCAAGGAGGAUGGAAUGCUCUUCCCUGACAAAGCUACUCUGUACAUCUGUGGAAUAGAGGAUCGCCAGUACAAGGACGAGAAGAUCAACUGGUGGGACGACGUCUACGGCUUCGAUAUGAGCUCCAUUCGUAAAGUGGCCAUUAGCGAACCUCUCGUCGACGUCGUUGAUCCAAAACAAGUCGUCACAAAUGCCUGUCUCAUCAAGGAAGUUGAUCUUUACACUGUCACCAAAGCAGAUCUUGAAUUUGCAUCUCCAUUCACACUUCAGGUGCGAAGAAAUGACUACGUUCAGGCUCUAGUUACCUUCUUCAAUAUUGAAUUCACCAAGUGCCACAAGCGAAUUGGUUUCAGCACAGCCCCUGAGGUCCAGUACACCCACUGGAAGCAAACGGUUUUCUAUUUCGAUGAGUACAUGACUGUCAAGAAAGGAGAGGAGAUCUACGGUGUAUUCUCCAUGAAACCCAAUGCGAGGAAUUAUCGAGAUCUCGAUUUCAACAUUGAACUCGACUUCAAGGGAGAAUUGUGUCAAGUGCACGAGACCAAUACUUAUCGCAUGCGCUGAUUGGGGAGGAUUUUUUCUUAUUUUUGUUGUGGGGGGAUUGCCUGGGGGUGGAGAGUUUUUUCACUCUGGAGGAAAGGAAUUCUUAUGAAUUAUUCUGGAUUAUUCUCGAUUGGUACAUUGCCUGGGCUGAGAGUUUUUACUAGAUAUUGGAAUUGUUCAAUUUAUCUCUUUCCUGCCGAGCUAUCACCCUCAAAUCUCCAGGUAUGUUUUAAAAAUCAAUUAAAAAUUGAUUAUGGGACUCAUCCCCUCACUCCACUGGCCCACUAUACUGGGAAAAUAUCACUGGAUGCUGCGACAUCUCUUCCGAUAAAUAGAAUGCUGCUGCAUCUUCAAAGAAAACAAAUUCCUGAAGAAUUAAGAAUGAUUUUGUUCUCGUGGGGAUCACUGAACCCUCCCGAUAUCGAUCAAGUGAACUCUGCGGAUUUUAGGACUUACACAUUUAAAAUUUAGGCUUUUAUUUAUAAACAAUGAGAAAGAAGAAUUAACGAAUGAUAAAACUCCAUGAAUUGAUAAUUUUUAAGGUACAGUACGUUGAGUUGAUCGAAGAUUUUUUAUCGAGGCAUUGUACUGAUGAGAAUUGUACCGGUGACAUCACCAAACUCCAUAGUUACUAUUAUAGGAAAAAAAAAGCAAAAGUGAAAGAAAUAAGAAGGUUGAUACGUUUAAUACGGUAA